AUGCUCAUUUAAUAAAGAAAUUCAACAAUCCAAUAUGAAGAUUACAAAUCCUUUUUAUACAGUUAAUGGCUAUACAAUAACUACCUAACAGAAUUACAUAAUAUUGAUUGUCUAAAAGAAAUUAGUAAUUAGGUUGCUAUAUUAAGCAAGGAAAAAGCUUAAAUUAAUUAAGAAUAACUCAUUUAAAUUAAUACCAUUAAUCAAAAAGUAGUUUUUCUUACUUACUUUAUUUUUGGUUAUCACAUAAUGUAUGUUGAGAAAUAAUAUUUUAUUUAUGCUCUAUAUAAACAAUUCUUGCUUAUCAUCAUUAAGAUAAGCAAUAAGAACUUUGCUCAAUUACUUUCAAUUACAGAAACUUCUCCUCCCUUGUGCAGACUAAUUUAUUUUGAGUGUGUCAUCAUGCUUCUAAAUUAAUCAACCUAACUUUUAAACUUAGCAGAACAAAUUUAAGUUGAUAAAGAUACUGAUAAUAUCAAUGAUAUAACUAAUUCCAAAUUUUUUUAUAAGAAAGCUUAUAUUAUUUUGAUGGAUUUAUCUAAAGAUUCUUUUUAUAACAAUUAUAUAGAAGGUUAAUCAUUGAUAGCUAUUUGUAUUAAUCAAAUGUUCUUAACUGACUAACUAAUAUCUAAAUUACCUGAUCAAAUAAUCAAAAAUAUUAGAUAACAUGAAACUCAAUAUUUAAUCCAAUUAAUGUAAUUAUUUGUUGAUAAUAAUGAUGAAAAAUUAAAUAUUUCAAAAUAGAUAGUUAGAUAAAUAUUUACUAUUAAUGAAGAAAGAAAUUGUGAGAUUUCUAAGUUAAUAUUCUCUAAUCUAAAAUUAUUAUCAUAAUCAACAUAAAUAAAUCUAAUUCUUUAAUCUAUAAGAAUAUGGAUUUAAUCUAAAAAUCCUAUUGUUAUUGAAUAAGUUCGAUUAUUCUUAGAAGAAUUUAUAAAUAAUUAAUGUACUUAAAUUAAAUAUGAUAAUUUUUGCAUUAAAAUAUUAUUUGAAAUAUUAUGUAAAUUUAAUCAUUUAUUUUUUUAGCCUCAAUUCAAUAUUUAGGAUUUAUUGAUGAAACUAAUUUCACUGAUUUAAUUUUGGAUGAGAUUAUAUAAAUAUUUCAUCUCCUUUGGCAUUAACUUGAAGAAGAAACAAAAGAUAGAAUGUUUGAUGAGAAAACUGAAUUCUGGUUAAGUUUCAUACAUAAAUUAAAUUAAUAAUUAAACCCUAUAAUUCCUAUAUAGAAAUCAAUUACUAGUAAAUUGAAAGAUAGUGCUGGGUUAUAUUUGAUUCUACAUGACCAAUAAAAUACUAAGUAAUACAUUAAAUCAACAAAUAUCUUAUUGGAUUUUAUCGAUACUAUUUAUCCACUUGAACAGUAAUUAGUAAAAUCAAGUAAAUUAUUGUAAAAUCUCAUAAAAUCAUCAAUUGAAUUCUUAGUUGAUCCUAUUUUAAAAAAUGAUGAAAUUGUCUUAUAGACUUUAUACAAAGUUUUAAAUUAAGUUUAAUUAUUGAAUCCUCCUAUGAAAUAGACAGUAUUUUAAUUAAUAUGGUCAAGAUGGUAGCCAGAGAAUCCAUUUUAUGUAAAAAUUUUACAAUCUAUUGUCUCUAUUUUUCUUGAAAAUGAAGAUUAAUAAUUAGGAACAAGAAAUAAUUUUUUUUUUUCUAUUUUGGCUAUGGAAAGUGAAAAGAAAAUAAUUCAUCCUUAAAAAUUUCAUACUUUAUUAUAAAUCUGUUAAUAUCUUUGUCUUGAAAAUGCUCCUGUUAAUAUGGAAUAAAUAUUUUCAUCAUCAUAAGAUCCAAAUACAUGUUUAAAAUUAAAAUAAUAUAAAAUUAAAAAAAGCUUUCAAGAAUUUUUUCAAGUAAAUAACUAUUUCUCUAUGAUUAUUAAAUUGAUAUAAGGUAUCUAAAAUACAACUAAUUUUGUUUACAUUUUAAAAGAGUUUAUUAAAUUAGAAUGGUUACUUACAGAAGGUUUAAAUUUAACUUAAGUUGAAUUUGCUGAUGAAUUUGUUUAAUUUUUAGAACUUAAAUUAAAUUUAUUAUCAGAAGAUUAAUAAAAGGAAUUAAUAGAACUCUUAUAAGAUUGUUCAGUUUCUAUGAUUAAUAGAUUUCUCAAAUUAUAAAAUCCUACUGAUUAUUAUUAUUCAGAAUAAUAUGGAGAAAUCAUUAUCUAAAAUGAAUUUUGUUUAAAGGUAAUAUAUUUAAUUUUAUUUUUAGAUUUUAGUUGAAGUAUUCAUUUUUAAUAGUCAUUCAUCAGAAUAACUAAAAUAAAAGUGUUUACUUUUUCUAAGUGUUCUUUUAUCAUCUAAUGAGUACAAUUAAUUAAUUUUCAGAGAAUGUAUUCGUUUAUCUGUAAUUUAUUGAUUAAAUCUUAGAAUUUCUUAUAAUGUAUGAGAAAUCAAAGAAAUAAAAAAUUAUAAUAAUCAAUGGAAGAUGUCUUAAAAAGAUCUUUAUCAUUUAUUAGAAAUGAUCAAAUUUAAAAAAUGAUCCAAAAUGCUCCUAAAGAUCCAUAAAAAAAUAAAGUUUUUAGACAAUCUAAUUUUUCUUAAUAUGUUGGAGCAACGUUAGAAACUUUUUAAAAUAUGAAUAAGGAUUUUAAAGGAAAAAAAUAGUUUUAAUUACUCGGUAAAGAUAGUGGUUUAGUAAUUAAGAACUAUUAAGAUUUAUGCAGUAAAAAAUAUAAGUCCUUUACCUUAUUAAUUGAAUUUAAGAGGGAAAGCUUUUAUUUUAUUAAUUCCAAUGCUAAAAAUAAGGAUGAAAUAUUUAAAGAUGAACAAAUUUUAUUUAAUAUGAGCGGACAUUUAGAUAAUUAAUCUUCUACAAAUGAGUCAAACCAAAAACAUAAUAUUGAUUAACUUGACUUUCUUAGGGUUGCACUUUUAAAACCACCUUUUUAAAACGAAAAUUAAAAAAUAAAUCCAUUAUAAAAUUCUCUCAAAAUUUCUAUAUUAAAUUUUGAAUAAAAAAUGUAUGACAUAAAUUUGAAUUUCACUUAAAAGUUUAAAGAUGAAUUAAUUUUGUUAUUAAUUAUGUUUGAAGAUAAACCUAAACAUACAUUCUCAAUUAAAAUCUAAGAUGAACCAAAAAAAAAUUUUCAAAUUAAAUCUUUUUUAACUGAGUAUACAAAAAAAUAUUCAGAGAAAUAUUAUAUUACUUUGAAUAUAGGAACUUAUUAUAUUAAUUAAUAAUUUUAGAACUCUUUCUAAGGAACCAUAAAUAAUUUUAUUUUAAUUGAAAAGAUUUUGUAUACAAAAUAAAUAGAUGCUAUUUUUUUAAGAAAUUAAAAUAAUUUAAUAGAUAUUAUAGAAAAGGAGUUAUUUAUAUUUGGGAAUGAAGAUAUAGAAAGUAUUAUAUAAUAAAAUUAUUAGGCAGGGAAUUUUAAUAUUUGGAUAUCGAGAAAUUCAAAACUUGUUUUUAAUUAGUAGAAAUUAAAGAUGUAAUAAAAGUUAUAAAGUUUUAAGCAAUAUAAGAAUAGAAUUUUUUUAUGAAUAUGAUAAAAAAACAAGUUUAGCACAAAAUAGUGUAAGAAUAAAAUAAAAUAGUAAAAGUAUUUUAUUAAGGAAUAAAUAUAAUUGAAGAUGCAAGUUUGGCUGAAGUAUUUUUAAGUUUAGAUAAUAUUGAAAUCAUACUAUUUAUAAUUUAAAUAUCCACUUAAACAUACUUUAAUCUCGAAAAUUUUGAAAGAAGAUCAAGUAGAUUAAAAACAUUAUAGGUGACUUUGUAAAAUGGAACUACAAGAAGUUAAGGAGUUUAUAGAAGAACAAAUUACUUCGAUAAUUUUGGCAGAUAAUUGUUUUUAAAAAAAGAUAUGAGAAAAUCUAGAGAAGAUUACUUAAAUUGUCAACAGUUUCAUUUAAAUUUAACUAAAUAAAAUAGUUCUUCGUUAACUUAAGGAGAAUCUCCUAUUCAAUUAAGUCAAAAAAUUUAGUAAAUAGAUACAAAUGUAACUAGUUCUAAUUCUAAUUCAAUCAUAUAUGAUUAAAGUAAUCCAACAGUAUCUUAAUUUAAUUUAGAUUAAUUGGAAUAAAAUUCUUAUAAUUCUUAGAAUUCAGGAUUUUAAAUUUAACAAAUAUAAUAAUUUGAUGAACAAAGUUUAGCUAAAUCUAAUGAUUUGGAAACAAAACAAACAGUAUUAACAGAUUUCACCUUAAUUGAAAAGCCUAAUUUUACUUCAUCUAAUGAAAAAUACUUUUCAAAUAAGUAUAUUGAAAUUAUAAGAGUAAAAUCAUAAAAUGUAAAAAGGACAACUUAAAGAAAUAACACAUAAAAUUAUUCUCCAAAAAAAUAAAUACCAACCAUUUAGUUGAAUUAAAAUAUAUAAGAUACAAAAAGUGAUAAAACUAUAGAUUAUAAUUUUGAAGAAAGAUCAUCAAUUUAGAAUGAUAUAAUUAUAUAUUAGUGUGAAUGGAUAAGAGUUAAAAUGCAAGUAUAUGGAGAGUUAAAAAUAUUAGAAAAAGGAAGAAUUUUAUAAUUUUAAAGUGAUGCUAAAGAGCGUCCUGAACAGGAGUUCUAUACAUAUGGAACAAUAGUAUUUAAAUAUUUUUAUCAUUUAUAGUCUUUCAAUUUAAAAAAGGUUAAAACGAUUAAAACUUUAAAUACAUCUUAAAUAUAUGAAAUAUAGACUCGACGUUAUUCUCAUAAAGAAAUAGCAUUAGAAAUAUUUUGUAAAAAUCAAAAAUCAUAUUUUUUUGUUUUAUAUGAUAGUGAAAAAAGAAAUUAAUUUUUGAAUUAUUUUAAACAAUAUUAUCAUAUCCGUAUAGUAGUAGAUCGUAGAGCAGGUAAAGUUUUUGAUUUAUAUUAGAAUUUUAGGCUCGGAAUUAUACAAAUAAAUGGCGUUAAGGAGAAAUAUCGAAUUUUGAAUACUUAAUGUUGAUAAAUAAAUAUUCUGGUAGAUCAUUAAAUGAUUUAAAUUAAUACCCUAUUUUCCCUUGGGUUAUUAGUGACUAUACUAGUAAAACAAUAGAUUUAGUAUAAUAUUGAUUGAUUAAUUAGAAUAAUAGAGAAUAGUAUAGAGAUUUAGAUAAGAUGAUUGGUAAUAUAAAUAAGGAAAGAUUGGAGAAUAUUAAAUAAAGAGCAGAGUCUUUAAAGUAGACUUCAAUGGAAUAUUUUUUAUUUGGAUCACAUUUUAGUGUAGCAGCUUAAAUAAUAAAUACUUUAGUGAGAAUAGAACCUUUUACUACUCUUUAAUGUGAAUUAUAAGAUGGAAAAUUAGAUUAGGCAGAUCGUAUAUUUUUUUCAAUUCCUAAUACUUGGGAUUCUUGUUAAAAUGAUCAUUAAGAUUUUAGAGAAUUAAUACCUGAAUAUUUUUAUUUUCCUGAAUUUUUGAAGAAUAUUAAUAAAAUAUAAUUUGGUUUAAGAUAAAAUUAAGAGAUUGUUGAUAAUGUGAUUUUGCCUCCUUGGGCAGAAAGUUGUGAAUAAUUUAUAGAAAUUAAUAGAAAAGCAUUAGAAUCUACUUUUGUAAGUGAGAAAUUACAUAAUUGGAUUAAUUUAGUUUUUGGACCAUAUUCAUAAGGAGAAGAAGCAAAAAAAAGAGAUAAUUUAUAUCAUUGGUUGACUUAUGAAACUUGUUGGUAAUCAUUAGAUAAAUUAUCAUAUCAUGAUAAGUAGGGAUAUUUAACAUAGAUUUAAUCAUUUGGUUAAGUUCCAUUUUAAUUAUUUUAAAAAGCUCAUAAACCAAAAAAAAUAAUUAAAUAAAAUAUUUAUUCUCCAUAAAAUUUAGUAAAAAUUCUAAGAGAUAAUAAAAUGAUUUAUGCGAAAAGAAUGUUAAAAUUAGAUAAAAAGCUUAUAUUAAAAAUUUAUAAAGAGAAUGAUUUUUUAUAUGUCUUAAUAAAUACUUUAUCUGUUUAUAAAUUUAAGUAAUUAUUUAGAAAUAUAUUUUAGAUAUAAUAUAAAUUUAGAGAAAAAAGAGACUGAAGAAAAAUUGUUGUCAUCGUUGCUAUUUUCAAUAUAAGAUGUUGAAAAAUUACACUUAGAAAAAUGCGAUAUUAUUAAGGAUUAACAUAAUUAAGUUAUUGAAAAUUAAAAAAAUAAUAAAUCAAAUCAUAUAUUAGGUCAUUAAUUUUAAAUUGAAGAUCAUUUAUUAUUUGUGUCUGGAUAUUUAAGUGGAGCUGUUUAUAUUUUUGAUCUUCAUUAAGAUAAAACCUAAAAUAAUCCUAUUUGUAAUAAAAUUAAACUUCACAAAAGAAGAGUAACAUGUCUUUUUUAUUCAUCAAAAUUAAAGGUAUUAUGUUUAGGAGCUAAAGAUAACAGAGUAACAGUUUGGAAAUUAUAGUAAUCAAAUGAAAAAAUACCAUUUUUUGGAUCAUCUCCAAAAUAUAUCUUAUAUGGACAUGAAAAAUCAAUUAAAUGUGUGAUAAUUGAUGAUGAUAUGGAGAUUGUUAUAAGUUUAGAUAAAUAAGGGAAAUUAUAAAUACACUCAAUAAUAUCUGGUUUAUUUUUAAAUGAAAUUAGAUUUAAUUUAAGUUAAGGUGAAAAGAUUUGGAAUGUAAUUUCAAAUAAAAAUGGAAUAAUUGCAUUAUUAACAACAAAUAGUGAGAUUAUAGUUACAAGGUAUAAUAUAGAUAUUAUUUAUAGAAUUAAUGGUUUUUUAAUCAGAAGAUAUAUCUAUAAUAAUAUUGGUUAAAUUACACAAUUUGCUUUUUAUUAAGAUUUUCAUUUACUAGUUUCAACUCUAAAAGGAGAACUUUUAUUAAUAUAAGAUAUAACAAGCCUACCAGAAUAGCAUCCUCUUAUUUUUCACAUUUAUUAUAAUACAUCUAAAAUUGGAAUAAUUAAUUUCUCUUAUUGUAUAUAUAAAUUUUAUUUAGAAAUUGAAAAUGAAGACUUUAUUUUAUUGAUGAUUUUCAGUGAUGGAUCCCUUUAUCGUUUUAUUUUAAGUGUUGGGCCAAGUAAUUAUAUUUUUAUAUUUAAGAUACCGAUUUUUCAAAUUAUUUAGGAAAUUUGGGAAUGUGA